AGUGUGCUGUAAGUGAGGUGUAAAAGCCAUUCAUUCAAAACUGUAGGAGCUUUCAGACCCCGGUGUGGCCUUCAACUUUCAAAAAUCAUCUAGAAGGAAUCAGUUACACUUUAAAAAAAAUUAUGACUACACAUUCCCACAACAAUUCUUCCAGUUCGCUAAACGCGACUAAUUUGGGGGAACUGAGCAUUUGUCAAAAUGAACUUAGUCAGGCAGAAGGGAUUACUUUCACUGUUCUGUCUCUCACGUGUGGCGUCCUUGCAGUUGGAGGGAACUUUGCCCUCAUUGUAGCUCUCUACCGCACAUCAACGGUUGGCCUUCGUGUAAAUAACUACUUCAUUGGUUCGCUAGCAUUCGCCGACUUCUUGAUCGGUCUUACCAUGACACCGCUGUAUAUUUGUUACGCCCUCGCCACUUAUGUUGAUUUGUGGGUAGUAAAGCUCGAAUCCUUUCUUUGGAUUGUGACAGUGACGGCCACCACGUACAGCUUAAUCGCGGUGAGUUUGGAUAGGCUGAUUUCAGUCCUGUAUCCUCUUCGUUAUCAUCAAUUGAUGACUGAGAAACGCUGUCGUUCCGCCAUCGCCUUGAUUUGGUUUGGAUCCUUUAUUUUUGGAUUUCCAAGGCUUGUUAUUGAUGACAUUAAUAAGUUAAGAAGGUUUUGGAUCUCUUGUUCUGUUUCCACAGUAGUCAUUCCUCUGAUAAUACUGUGCUUGUGUUACGGUAGAAUAUAUUCGGUUGUACACAAACAGAAUCGAACGGUGGCCCCCUCCGAGUUGUCGACGGCAGGUGUAAGAAACAAAAAGGCAGUUAAAACAAUUGGAAUAAUUGUCAGUCUGUUCAUCAUAACAUUUACUCCAAGCGCUGUUGUGUAUUUUUUGCUUUUGUUCGAAAAAGAUUUUUGCCAACAAAUGAUUUUAAAUCACGCGUGGAUUUGGGUGGCGUUUGUAUCAUUCACCCAUUCUGCUUUCAAUCCUUGGGUUUAUGGACUUAGAUAUCCAGAACUCCGAAACUCCUUAAAGCACUCUUUCGUGAAUAGUAAUAUUUAG